AUCACAACAACAACUACUAUUAUUAGAAGGUCGAAAAUUCUAACACAGGAUGCAGCAUUCAUUGACUCUCUUCCUCUCCUUCACCCUUCUUACGUCGACCGUGUUCCCUGCAUUUUUCAGCUGAAACUCCUCACACCCAUCUCUGAUUUCACCUCCAGAUUCCAAACUAAGACCUUAGACACAAAAAAGAACGCAACUUGCAACUACCCAGACUUCGAUUCUGCCUCAUCUUCCAAGUCCAAAGUGGUUCCUUUUUGUUUUCGGUUGGUCAACGAGGUCAAGAUGCUGCUGAGCUUCAAGGGUAUCAUGUAGAUCGAAUAGGACACAAAGGGGUGCGUGAAUUAGUGAAUCAAUUGGUUUAUGACUUGAUUAUUACGAAGCUGUAGGUGAAGAUUAGUGUGGGAAACGUGGAGAUGGUGACUUCAACUUGCAAGGGUUCUUUUCUUGUUUGUGCAAUUUUGCUGCUUGAUUUGGUGCUUAAGGUCGCUGGCAAUGCAGAAGGUGAUGCCCUAAAUGCAUUGAAGAGCAACUUACAAGAUCCUAACAAUGUUCUUCAAAGCUGGGAUGCCACCCUUGUCAAUCCAUGCACAUGGUUUCAUGUUACAUGCAAUAGUGAUAAUAGUGUGACCCGUGUUGAUCUUGGAAAUGCAGAUCUAUCGGGUACAUUGGUUCCAAACCUUGGUAAUCUACCAAAUUUACAGUACCUGGAGCUUUAUAGUAAUAAUAUAACUGGAAAAAUCCCAGACGAGCUCGGAAAUUUGACAAACUUGGUGAGCUUGGAUCUUUACUUGAAUGUGCUAACUGGUCCAAUACCAGCUACAUUGGGCAAGCUUAGUAAUCUACGCUUCCUGCGUCUCAACAAUAACACCUUGUCAGGAGGCAUUCCCAUGUCUUUGACCGGGAUCAAUUCACUGCAAGUUCUUGAUCUCUCAAACAACCAGCUAAAAGGAACUGUGCCAGUCAAUGGUUCAUUUUCAUUGUUUACUCCGAUCAGUUAUCAAAAUAAUCCUGGCUUGAUACAACCAAAGAAUGCUCCUUCUGCGCCAUUAUCUCCUCCAUCAGCACCUUCUUCAGGUAACAGUGCUACUGGAGCUAUUGCUGGAGGAGUUGCUGCAGGUGCUGCUUUGUUGUUUGCAGCCCCUGCUAUCGCACUUGCAUAUUGGCGAAGAAGGAAGCCUCAGGAUCAUUUCUUUGAUGUCCCUGCUGAGGAGGAUCCUGAAGUUCACCUAGGCCAGCUUAAAAGGUUUUCGCUGCGUGAGCUGCAAGUUGCAACAGAUAACUUUAGUAACAAACAUAUUCUUGGUAGAGGUGGAUUUGGGAAGGUAUAUAAAGGGCGUUUAGCUGAUGGUAGUCUUGUAGCAGUAAAAAGGCUGAAAGAGGAGCGCACACAGGGUGGGGAGCUGCAAUUUCAAACAGAAGUGGAAAUGAUCAGCAUGGCCGUGCAUCGCAAUUUGCUUCGGCUCCGUGGUUUUUGCAUGACACCUACUGAACGGUUGCUUGUGUAUCCUUUCAUGGUUAACGGAAGUGUGGCAUCAUGUUUACGAGAACGUAAUGAAUCUCAACCGCCACUUGACUGGCCAAUACGCAAGCGUAUUGCAUUGGGAGCUGCUAGGGGGCUUGCUUAUUUGCACGACCAUUGUGACCCUAAGAUUAUUCAUCGUGAUGUCAAAGCUGCAAAUAUAUUAUUGGAUGAAGAAUUUGAAGCAGUUGUUGGAGAUUUUGGCUUAGCGAAACUUAUGGAUUACAAAGAUACUCAUGUUACCACUGCUGUACGUGGUACAAUUGGGCAUAUAGCACCAGAGUACCUCUCAACUGGGAAGUCAUCAGAGAAGACAGAUGUUUUUGGAUACGGUGUGAUGCUUCUUGAACUAAUAACCGGGCAGAGGGCUUUCGAUCUGGCUCGACUUGCCAAUGAUGAUGAUGUCAUGUUGCUUGAUUGGGUUAAAGGGCUUCUUAAAGACAAGAAGUUGGAAACACUGGUUGACGCGGAUCUGCAGGGCAAUUAUAACGAUGAGGAGGUAGAGCAGCUAAUCCAAGUAGCGUUGCUAUGCACACAAGGCUCCCCUAUGGAAAGACCGAAGAUGUCCGAGGUGGUUAGAAUGCUAGAAGGCGACGGUUUGGCCGAAAAAUGGGAGCAGUGGCAGAAAGAGGAGAUGUUCCGUCAAGAUUUUAACCACAUCCAUCAUCCCAAUGCAAAUUGGAUAGUAGACUCUACUUCUCACAUCCAAGCAGAUGAACUAUCUGGUCCUAGAUGAUCCUUUUCAACAUUCAGAAGGCAGCAGAAGGAUACCAAAAUCCUGCACUGACAAUGCUUUUUCUGUUGGAAAAUAGAUACACUUCUGAUUUGUGCAUAAUGAUUUUCUUCACCCUUUCUUUUUCAUCCUUUUUGAAAUUAUGUUAAUGUUAAGAAAACAUGCCCCAUUGAUCAUAUGUUGUGAUUAUUAAAAGAAAGAAGAAAUUUGUUGUAAUUUCAGUUGGGUUGUCAUGUUGCAGGAUAAAGUGUGGCCCAACAAGCAAACCACCACUUUUGUCAAUGUAUGUAUGAGAAAAUUAGUAUAGAUCUUUAUGGAAAUAAAUACAAUUCUGUUAUCGUUCUCA